AUGUUUAGUAUAUUUUAUAAUAAUAAACAACAUGCCAAAAAUAAAAGCAAUAGUAUUGUUAGUAAAAUAAAUGAUAAUCACUCUCAAGAACCAGAAAAAAAGUUUUUGGAAUCAAAUUUGCAAACGAUACAAUUGAAGUCAAUUUUACCUCAAACAAAUGAUUCAGAUUCAGCUGAUGAUCCUGAUAUUUAUGAUACUAAUAAUCAUGUUGAAAUAAAUGAAAGCGUAAUUAAAGACUCAGGAUAUAUAGAACCAAAUUCAGUAAAAGAUUUAGCCGAUUUAGGUGACUUGAACACAGGCCCUGCACAACCUAUUUUGUCAGUAAGUCUAAAUAAUACUCUUGUAAUAUUUCUUAUUUAA